AUGUCGGGGGCGUUCGGUUGCGGUUCGUACCGAUCAGUUGUAGCUGGGACGCAAAAUGUACCUAGACGUAUGACGUUUUAUCCCUCUGCAUAUGAAUUGAUUCAGCUCCACAAGGCGCAUCGGGAGGUAAUUCGCCACUUCUAUGUUCGUGAUAAGAUAUUUGACAAUAAGUUCCCGGGGAAUGCACUCGCCAAUGGUUUAUUUAAAUUUGUGCCAAACCGGCGCGAGAACUAUCAUAUGCGAGAACUCAUGGAAUCCAUCCGCCGUAGGUCCAUUUGGAUGCACCGGAUCAAGCAGCAGCGUGAAAUCAAUGCCAAAGUAGUCGAAAAUAUGGAGGUCAAGUAUGGUAAGAAGGCUGCGGCGUCCAUGCUUUGCUUCACCACUCCGGAUUCCAACGCCUAUUUUGCUCCGCACCGUUACCAGGAUGUGGCAAACUCGUGGCCAAACUACUGGCAGCACCCUAGCGUCAACCACGUUGUGCCAAAACCGCGGUGGCGUAGGCACCGGGAACUGGGUGGAAUAACACGUGUCGAGGAUCCGUUCGCUGUACAAGCGAGCGACUACUAG